AUGUCUCAAAAUGAUAUAAAACUGAUAGCUGGCAAUUCUCACCCAGCACUUGCCAAAUUGAUAUCUACCAGAUUGAAUAUCCCCUUAUCUCAAGUGGGACUUUACCAGUAUCAGAGCACAGAGGCCUCAGUGGUGGUGGGUGAGACACUCCGAGAUGAAGAGGUGUAUAUUAUUCAAACAGGCUAUGGUGAGCAUUCUAUCAAUGAUUUUUUGAUGGAAUUAUUAAUUUCAAUUCAUGGUUGUAGAGCUGCGUCAGCAAGAAAGAUAGUCGCUGUCAUUCCAAAUUUCCCAUAUGCUAGACAAGAUAAGAAGGAUAAAUCUCGUGCCCCCAUUACGGCAAAAUUAAUCGCCAAAUUACUUGAGGCAGCUGGAUGUGACCACAUUAUAACAAUGGAUUUACAUGCAUCACAGAUUCAAGGUUUUUUCCAUGCACCUGUUGACAAUCUCUAUGCUGAGCCAACUAUGCUGAAGUAUAUAAGGGAUAAUAUGGAUUUGAAUAACGUCACAUUAGUUUCACCGGAUGCAGGUGGUACAAAAAGGGUCACAAGUUUUGCUGACAAGCUCGAUUUACCAUUUGCAUUAAUUCAUAAGGAGAGACAAAGGGCAAAUGAGGUAUCAAAAAUGGUACUAGUUGGGGACACAAAAGAUAGAACGUGUCUAAUCAUUGAUGAUAUGGCUGAUACGUGUGGCACUCUAAUCAAAGCGGCUAGGCUUUUAUUAGAAAACGGAGCUAAAGAAGUCAUCGCAAUGAUUUCACAUGGUAUCUUUUCUGGAAAUGCUAUCGAAAAAUUGGAAAGUUCUGAAAUAUCUCAAGUUAUCUGCACAAAUACUGUUCCUUUACAGAAACGGUCAUCAAAGAUAAUACAAUUAGAUAUAAGCCCUGUAAUCUCCGAGGCAAUAAGAAGAUUGCACAAUGGUGAGUCAAUUUCUUACCUAUUUUCUCACACUAUCGACUGA